GGAAGUGGAGAAGCGCUCAGCCCAAGCCGUCAUCAACGAGACUGCCUCGCAACGUGCCGAAAUCGAACGUUCACUAAAUGCGUUGGAACGUGAGAACAAGGAGUUGAAUCGUAACUGCGUCAACCUGCAGCAACAAAUCGCCCAACUCGAGUACGACAGUGGCAAUCGCCUGAUUGAGUUGGCCAAUAAACAGCGUGAUGAGCGUCAGAAGUUGGUGAACUCGUUGAAGGUCGAGAAAACGCAGGUGGAACGUGCGUUCCAGAAUCGUGAUCGCUCCUACAAGAGUCGUGUACAACAACUCGAGAGUCAACUGGCCAUGCUUCGUGAUCAGUUGAAUGCCGAGCGCAUGAGAAGCCGUAGUGCUGCCACAACAUCGUUGAAUUAUGUGACGGAUGUUUCGCGAGUGGGUGGCAGCAGUUUCAGUGGUGGUUUGUAUUCAAGCGGAUUGUCGAGAGCCGCUUAUCCGCAAACGGAUAGUUUCGAUUAUGUGAUUGGAAACCAAGCAGCUUUCUCGUCAAGCAUGAUGACGCAGCCGUUGGCAGACUAUUCAUCAGCCGGUAGUGACAUCUACAAAUCAAGUACAGUUUCUGUUCGCGAAGCUGUAGCAACUCAACCAAUCACAGAGACGUACACGCCCAGCUACCGUACCACUGGUCUUGAUCAAUCGAUUGGCUUGACAAGUGCACUCGGUGAAAGAUUCGAACCAUCGACAUCCUAUGAUAUUGGCGGCGGUGAGGCUGGUGGGUUUUUUGCCCUGUAA